ACCUUCUCAACCAUCUGAUCACAAUGCCGAUCAAUCGAAUAACCAUCAAACCGUCGGGAAAUUCUCCACGUGCGAUACUCAGAGCGCCCUUUUCUGAAUUCUUUUGCACCCUUAUAUUUGUUUUCGCUGGCCAGGGCUCAGGCAUGGCCUUCAGCAAGCUUACUGGUAACGGUCCCAACACUCCCACAGGAAUUGUUAUAGCCGCACUGGCCCACGGGUUCGCCCUUUUUGCCUGCGUCGCUAACGCCGCCAACAUCUCCGGUGGCCAUCUGAACCCCGCUGUCACGUUCGGCGCCUUCGUUGGUGGGCAUCUUAGUUUGAUUGAACUCAUCUUGUAUUGGAUUGGCCAGCUUUCUGGUUCCACCAUUGCUUGCUUGCUCCUUAGACUUGCCACUAACGGCUUGACGACCACGGCAUUUGCUCUAUCUCCUGGAGUGACAGUGUGGAACGCAUUUGUUUUUGAGAUUGUGAUGACUUUUGGGUUGGUUUACACUGUGUAUGCCACCGCCAUUGAUCCAAAGAAGAACACUGUCGGAUUCAUAGCACCAUUAGCAAUUGGGCUCGUUCUUGCAGCUAACAUUUUUGCCGGAGGGAUUUUUGAUGGAGCCUCGAUGAACCCGGCCGUCUCGUUCGGGCCUGCUUUGGUCAGCUGGAAUUGGACCAACCACUGGGUUUACUGGGCUGGGCCAUUGACUGGAGGUGGGUUUGCUGGGCUUAUAUAUGAGAUGCUAUUCAUCACUCAAUCUGAUGUGCCCAUGUCCGACCGCAGUGACGCUUAGCAUCAAAAAUUAGCUAUUUGUAAGUUGAUGCUGUGAAGAAAGUGGCUUUUUGUUUUGGUGUCUGUAUUUACUGAAUUGGUUUAUAUUGUCAAGG